AAAAAAGAAGUGGGAGGAUCAGUCUUGGCCAAUGGCUGAUUCAAUUAACCACAUUGACAGGCAAAGAAAGCGAAUACAACCCAGCUCCCCCGCCGUCCUCCCGCUCCCGGAUUCCGUCUCACUCGGGAAUAUCUGCUACAACCACAGCAGCAGCCAAGCCGUCGUUGCAGCCUCUCGCAAGAUGUAUCCCCAUCAUGAGCAGACGAUUCAGAACAUCAAGGCUCACCUUCAACAGGACCCCAGGGUCCAAGCCCUGAUACUUGGCGGCUCGAUCGCACAUGGGUUUGAGAACCCCGCAUCGGACGUUGACGUCCUCAUCGUCCUCUCCGAGGACGACUACAACGCCCAGCUCGAAACCGGCUAUUCCACCUAUCGCAACGUGGAAGCAGCUCCAUACCCUGGAGGCUACGUCGACGGAAAGUACAUCACUCUGAGCUUCAUCCGGCAGGUUGCCGAGCGCGGCAGCGAGCCGUGGCGAUACGCCUUCGACGGUGCCCAAGUCCUCUUCAGUCGAAUUCCCGGCCUGGAAGACGAGAUCAAGCGAGCAGCCACGUACCCCGUGGGCGAAAAGACGGACCGUGUGAAGCGCUUCCGCACACAACUUGCAGCUUGGCACUGGUUUUCCAUCGAGGCGCGAAAGAAGAACAACAAGUAUUUGCUGAACGUCGCCGUCAGCAAGCUGGUCUUGUUCGGAAGCAGGCUGAUACUCGCGCACAACGAAACGCUGUAUCCUUUCCACAAGUGGCUGCUGGCCGUGCUGGAACGAGUGCCUGAGAAACCAGAGGGCUUCGUCAGCGCGAUCGAACGGCUCAACGAGGAUCGUUCCGAAGAGAACGUGCAAGAGUUCUUCGAGAUGGUCAAACAAUUCCGCAACUGGGACGAGACAAUGCUGCCCGAUGGAUGGGAGCGGUGGGGUUCACAGUAUGCGCAGGAUGUCGAGUUGACUUGGCUGAACGGGAAUCGAGCGAUUGAUGACUUGUGACUACCGUAGUUAACCGUCUCCUCGGUUUUUUAAACGAGGAAAGUUGGAGACGUGUUCGCGGCCCUCUGCGUCGAAUGCAAAAGCAGGGGCUCCCACGAUCAAGAACCUGGGAGGAAACUAAUUGCAAUAUACUGGACUCACUUGUUUUUCUCUAUA